AUGCGAAUUGCCAGUUAUUUGAGAAACUUGGGACUGAAGCAAACGGAUAUUGUUGGAAUCGCAGCUAGAAAUACUACGCACAUAUGUUCUGUGGUUUAUGCUUGUUUUUUUAAUGGAAUUGCAUAUCAUGCCCUGAACUGGAAAGGUCAACAAACUACAAUUGAAAAACUCUUUACUAUAACUAAGCCUCGGAUUAUUUUCUGCGAUGGAGAUGAGUACGAGAAGAUAAAAGCGGCCACUGAGCAGCUGCAAGUUAAGAUCAUAACAAUGCGUAAUCAUGUAGAAGGAUCUAUUAAAAUUGAGGAGUUGCUAAGGACGCCCAUUGAAGAGAAUUUUUCACCCGCACGCUUGGAAAAUGGCAAUGAUCAAAACCUGGCCAUUUUAUCUUCCUCCGGAACUACAGGAUUACCUAAAGCUGUUACUGUGCGUAAUACACACGGAUAUUUCAAUGAUUGCUUCUCUGUAACAUCGGAUGACAUAAUGUUUACAAACAGCACAUUCGAUUGGAUGACCGGACUUAUGAGAUCUAUAAUUUGUGGAGCUUUCGGCGCUAUGUCAGUUAUAGCAACAGCUGACUUUGAUCGCGCCUAUGUGCUGGGUAUUCUUGAAAAGUACAAAGUAACUUGGUUUUUCUUUGCUAGUGGACAGUUGGCACAAAUGGUGAACUGUGUGGAAUUCGAUAAGACAGAUCUGAGUAGCUUGCGUAGAAUACUUUAUGGAGGUGGACCCUGCUCCGUGGAGAACCAGAAACAGUUCCGAAGCAAAGUGCAGAAAGGCGCUAUGAACUUUUUUUACAGCAUGUCAGAGAUUACUGGAUAUGGAUGCAUUAACUUUCAUUUUGAUGAGAAGACAAAUGCAUCUCUAGGAGCAAAUGAAGUGGGUGAGGUAUGUCAUAGGAGUAAACAAUACUGGGCUGGCUAUUAUGGUGAUCCAGCAGAGACUAGCAAGAUGCAGGACAAGGAUUUAUGGUUUCACUCUGGUGACUUGGGCUAUGUAGAUGAGGACGAAUUUCUGUAUAUCGUAGAUCGCAAGAAGGAAAUGUUGAAUGAUGAGUACGGCGAUGAAGCUGCCGCAGUCGUUGUCAAAAUGCCAGGUACACAAAUAACUGCUCAGGAUGUUGUCGAAUAUGUGCAGCAGCAUGAGCAGUCCAAGCAUUUGCAUUUGCAUGCUGGAGUUAUCAUUGUGGACGAUCUGAAGCGUCUGCCUAAUGGUAAAACGGAUCGUAAGGCAAACAAGGCGCAUUUUUUGAAAUUAAAGAAUUAA